GCGGGGAGUCCCGGGGCAGCCGGUCCGGUGUGAGGGGCGGUGGGAGCGGGACGGGAGAGCGGCCGGUGACAGUGGAGCCCUGAGGAUGCGGGGCCGGGUCCCGGGAAGCUGCGGAGCCCCGGGGAUGCGGGACCGGGUCCCGGGAAGCUGCGGAGCCCCGGGGAUGCUGCUCGGCCUGGCCCUGGCCUUGGCAUCGCUGCUGCCCGCGGCCGGAGCGCGCCGGAGCCAGGACCUGCACUGCGGAGCCUGCCGGGCGCUGGUGGAUGAGCUGGAGUGGGAAAUCGCCCAGGUGGACCCCAGGAAAACCAUCCAGAUGGGCUCGUUCCGCAUCAACCCCGACGGCAGCCAGUCCGUGGUGGAGGUGCCGUAUGCCCGGUCCGAGGCGCACCUGACGGAGCUGCUGGAGCGGGUCUGCGAGAAGAUGAAGGAGUACGGGGAGAAGCUGGACCCGGCCACGCAGCGCAAGAGCUACGUGAGGGUCAUCUCCCAUGAUGGCACCAAGAUGGACCUGUCCGGGGUCAAGUUCGACGGGGACGUCAUCAACAGCCUGAAAUUCGCGUGCGAGAGCAUCGCUGAGGAGUACGAGGACGAGCUGAUCGAGUUUCUGUCACACGAGGCUGACAACGUCAAGGACCGGCUCUGCAGCAAGAGGACGGACCUGUGUGACCACGCGCUGCACAUCCCACACGACGAGCUGUGACUGCCUCGGGAGCGGGGACCGGGAUGGCACCGGGACCCACCGGGAUGUCCCCAAGGAUGUCCCCAGGAGCCACCUGGAUCUCCUUGGGACCCACCAGGACAUCCCCAGAACCCACCAGGACAUCCCCAGAACCCACCAGGGCGUCCUUGGGACCCACCAGGACAUCCUUGGGACCCACCGGGAUGUCCCCAGGGACGUCCCCAGGACAGACAGAUCUCCAGGACCUCCCCAGCUGCCUCACCCCGUGCAGAGCUCCCGUCCUAUUUAUUCCCCAUCCGGGGCCACCGGGACGGCCACGGGGCCGGGGCCACCUCCUGGCUCCUGUGGGGACAUUUCAGGGACAUUCCUGCCCCGCUUUUGGGGGACAUGGGGACACAGCGGGGCUCGGGGUGGGGGGCUUGGGGACCCCCCUCUGUUUUGCAGGCAAUAAAGGGGCUGUGGGCA